UCGAAACUUGCUGAUCAUCCUGAUAGAGGGCAAAAUCAAGCUGAUAGAACGAUGAAGACCUUUGUUGUUCUUAUCCUCUGUGCUGUGUUGGCUGUCUGCCUGUCUACUGGAGACUCCAAGUCUUCUGUCUCAGGCAGCGUGCCAGACUCCCCCAGCAACGAGGAGGUGUUUGUGAAAAGGGACCUGGCCUCCGCCCUCAUGAGACAGAAAAGGGCUUUCACUGCCAAAACAACAGCCCCGGCGGACCUGACCCUGACCCAGCUGGAGAGCCUGAGAGAGGUCUGUGAGGUCAACCUGGCUUGCGAACACAUGGCAGAGACAGCUGGGAUUGUUGCUGCCUACACCGCCUACUACGGACCAAUCCCUUUCUAGACGGGAACCUCAUCAACCAUUUGCCUCCGAGAAGCAGGCUCUUCAACUUCUUUACUGUAUUUACCAGCAAGGAACUUUAUUCACACACCACCUAAUUAAUUGCCUCACUUAAAUACUAAAGCACAUCAUAUUUCCGCGAGGGCUGUCCAUUUAGAUGAAGAUGUAAUAAACACUAGUGUCAUUCAUCUUCCAAUGUUCAGCAGACAAACACCAGCUGUCACAGUCUCCUACCUUUCGCUGCCAGACAUUUAACCAGAGAUGGAGAGGGACCAAAAAACAGGGAUAAAAAGAGAUGGAAGCAGAAUGUAGUAACUUGAAAAUACCAAAAGUCUGGCAAAAGAUAGAAGUCAU